UGGGCUCGGCAUGGAUAAGGUAACACGUUGCUUUCUUCCCCACUUGCUCCUUUUGUGAACUUGAGGAAUGGAACUCGACACUGAGCUCAGUCCCUAGCUGCAACUUGACAUGCUUACAUAGGCGUCUCAGUGUGCAGCAAAGUUAUGGAUGUUGUCUGAGCUUGUUGGAGGGAUUGUUGAUCCACCGCUGCAGUGGGUCUGGAGGACGAAGUCACGUUACCUCAGAGAGGGGAGGAAAAAAAACUGAAGCUAACAACAGCACAGGGGGCACCCUCAUUCAGGCUCUGCUGUUACUGAUGCACGGCUGAUUCUGAGCACGAGGAGGGAGGAGUGGUGGGAUGUGGGCCGACUCUACCACCACUGUCUGCUCAGUUGGCUGGAUUUACUGCUUUGGAAUGAAAGCAGUAAUGGGAUUGUGUCUGAAAGGCUAAAAUGAGCCGAGUGAACCUGCAAAAACUGAAUGAUCUCUGACGUGAUAUAACUGACAACACAGCUGACAGAGGAGGAAUUUGCAUCAUCAAUGUGAAUAUCUGGAUGGAGAGGACACUAGUGAAGAGGUUCCUACCUGGACAACAAAUUUGAUGAAUUACAGCACUGACAACUUAAUGCAAGGAUAUUCCAAUCUUAAUUAACACAGUAAAUCCCAUCAGAGCACUAAAAUGUCUAAUAAGACAUUUACCAGUGACCAAGGUGAGAGCACAGUUCCUCUCUCCGACAGAGGCCUGCAGUUGGUCCUCUCCCCUGAGGGUCCCUACAUGUCCAUGUCUGCGUCGCCUGACUCCAGCAGUAGUAUUUCUAACCUGAGUGACAGAGAAGCCAGCGGCUCCCCUGACAUCAAUAUGCUGCAGUGCUGUCGUAGCGAUCUCUCCCCUGUGGAUAACCUCUACAACAAUACCUUAAUGCAGGACGAAGUGCACCGUGAUGUCGCCCCGAACCUGAACCAGACUUUUAUCACCACGCCUGUAAAUGGCAGUGUUAGUUUCUGGAAUGAAAAUUUAAGGAGUAAUGAAGAGGACGGAUCAGAGAAGACUCAAACUUUUAUGAAGUACACAGAUGAUGGAUGUAACAGUGCAGUAAUGUCUCCGGACUUUGCACGGAGGGACAGCCAGCUUAGUUCAUGUGAGACUUCCUGUAGAGAAUCUGUUGAGAAUGACUGCUGCUCCCUGAGUUCUGGAGAAAUGGUAGUAAGACGCAACAGUUUCUGUAUUGAGGACCAGUCACUCUUAGUAGUUUCUUCCUUAGAGGACACAUCCAUCUCUCCUGAUGUAGCAUGUCCAGCCAUGUCUGCUGAAUCAAACCUGCUGUCAACUACUCAUGUCUGCGAAAAAUCCACAGAAAGAUUCUCUGAGGAAAACACAGGGCAUUCUUGUCUUGGUGUGACUUUCACUCAGGCAGACAACUGGGCGCUCCUCACUGAUGAAAAUGACAUAACAGCGUCAGACUCUCCUGUAGCUCUGCCUAGUGAGAAUAAAGGGGGUCUUUUGAUGACCUUUAUCUGUGAAACAUCAGAAGAUAGCAGAAAAGAAAUUGAGUUUGCCAGUGCUGAAACAGAGCUGUCGCCUCUAUUUCUGGGAGCAGUCACACCAGAACAAGGCAAGACCUUUGUCUCUCCUCUGCCAAAUAUGCAAGAAAGCACUAAUGAUAUUUAUACUUCCACUCCAGUACAAAACAUUGAGAACAAGACACCCAGCCUCCCCUCCUUUUCAGAAUCUCCCUGCAUUGGAAGCACUAACAGCUCUUCACUCCACCCUGUCCACCGGCAGCAAACCACUGUUGCUCCUAAACAGUGUUUGGUAACAGGACAGCCUCCUUCAGCCAGCAAAUUCAAGAAAUUUGAAAUUAAAAAGUUUCCUAAGUCAGACUUUAGUAGUGUCAAAUCUAAAGUCGUAACAAGAGCUGCACAUCGCUUGUUAGCACCUUUCCGAGUUUCACAACACAAACCAACACAAGUUAAUGCGAACGAUAAGCAUCCUGAAGCACCUAGAGGAGCAGCUCUCAGGAUUAGUCCAACCAAAGUAAGGAGCAACCCCUCUGCAACCCCUAAAAUGUUCAGUGAUGCUCAGAAACAAGUUACUACAGGAGCUGCUAAUUUGGAGGUAACAGCGACACAGUCAGGUGUGCAGACUGUUGUGGAUGGACAUGACAAAUACAGUACAUCCCCACCUGACCACCACCCAGAUGCAUCAGCAGUCCACUGCAGUAAUGCCAACUCUGAAGCAGAGCAGGCAGCCUCAAGCCAAGCAUCGGACCCUUCAGCUCAGCAUGCUGGCAACUCGUCAUCCUUAAAAAAAUCCCCUCCUAGAAGUGGCCAAAUAGAUCCUAAACCAACUCCAAAGAAGGGUAUAUGGACCAGAAUUCAGGUCAGGUCAGGCUCAGCUUUAGGUCAAGACAAGCGUAGUGCACUGAAGACAAGGCCUCGCUGCUCAUCUGAGAGUUCCUCAUCAGCAUCUAGGCCACCCAAGGAGAAACCAAUUCUAGGGGUCUCAACUACCUUCAUUGUUCCCAAACCUGACACCCACCAGGGCCAAACCAAACCAGGAAAUCUGAACUGCCCUUCCCAGAAUAAGCAGGACAUACAGGCAGAGAAAACAAACGACCCAAGAGAGGUAAAGAAGAUCAGCCUGGUGGCAGAGUCCAGCAAAUCGGCAACAGCAUCAGCCCCGCUGGAUGACAGGAGUAGAAGAUUUCGAGGGCAGCCAUCCCCUAGACAAGCAAGAAGAACACCACUUCCACCGCCUCCAGCUGCCAGCCCCAGACUGAGCACUCCGUCAGCCAGGCAGAGACUGGGAGUCCCAGGGAGAGAUGAAUGCAGGACCAAGCCUGUAGGGACACCUCAGUCCAAGCAGAAGAGCAGCACAGGCAGUCAGAGACCACAGGCAACAGGAGAGCCACCCCUUGGAACUCCCUCAGCAGCAAGUGUUAAGGCCCAGCUGAAUGGAUCCCGACCUCCUCAGACUCCCAUUCGCCCCUCUCUUAUGGGCCCACCCCUUACUCCUGCCUGUAGACUACGCAAGACCCUGGGGCCAUCAAGGGGCCUGGCUGAAGCCAAUGUUCACAGUCAGCCGGGUCAAGGCACUGGGAAUCCACAAGUUUCUGGAGGAGCUGCUCAUAAGCCAACUUCCUUCAAAUCUGUUGUACUGAAGGCACAGCUGGUCUCAACCCCUGGAAAAACCCCUGGACCAACUUUGAGCACAGCAUGCAAACCUGCUGCUUCCACAGUCAAAGGAGCAUCAAAUUCAACUGUCAAAUUCACUCCUCUGAAAAGGGCCGCUUCUGCAAGACUUGUUCAACCAAAUGGACCUGGGAAAGGGAGUGAAUGAGAGGACAAGCCGGGGCCUAGAUUAGAUUGCCAUUGGCUGCAGUUCUGCUGUUUGCUCCUCCCACCCCUUCUGCUCUCCUCUUAGCAUCCUGGCUCUGCUACAGUACCG